AUGGCCGCCCCUAUCUCAACCCAGGAGCGGCAGCUCUGCGAGUUUCUCCGGGACCUAAACACCCAGCAUGGGAACCGCUACAGCGAGGCCGCCGAGCAGCAGCUGCUUGGCAGCCUCUUCUGGUGCAUGGCCAACGGCCGCGAGGAGUACAUGAACCUCUUCUUCCCCACCGCCGGCGGGCCCGUGCGAGGCGGUACUCUGAAGCUGCGUGAGGCCCAGGGGGCCGUCAACGGCGCCGAGUACACCGAAGCCGCCCGCGGCCACGCCUGCGGCCACAUCUUCCGCCCGGGUGAGGCCACCUACUCGUGCAAAACGUGCGGCACCGACGACACGUGCUGUCUCUGCAGCCGCUGCUUCGAGUCCACCGACCACCGAGGCCACAUGGUCCGCAUCAGUGUUUCGCCUGGCAAUAGUGGUUGCUGCGACUGCGGGGACCCGGAGGCCUGGAAGACGCCCAUGUUUUGCACCAUUCACUCCGCCUGGACCGAGACCACCGAUCCCCACGGAGAGCACGCCGGUCACGCCGGCCACGCCGGCCACACACAUGCCGGCGGCAGCGCCGGCAAGGACAAGGGCAAGGCGCCCGCCGGGACGCCGCCCGAGCUCGAGGCGAGCAUCCGCAUGACCAUUGGCCGCGCCCUGGACUUUAUGUGCGACGUCGUGUCGUGCUCGCCGGAGCAGCUGCGCCAGACCAAGACGCUCGUGUCCAUCCAGCAGGACGAGCGCAUGUCGCGUCUGUCGGGCGCCUACGGCCCCGGCGACGGCGCGGACGACACCCAGCCCAACGAGUUUGCCGUGCUGCUGUGGAAUGACGAGAAGCACACCGUCACGGAUGUCAUGCACCAAGUCGCCCGCGCCUGCCACACCACGCUGCCGGAGGGCCUCAAACGCGCCUACGAAACAGACGAGAUUGGCCGCAGCCUGCUCAUGCACUCCGAGAGCAUCGAGGAGCUGCUGAACGCCGCCCGCAUCCUCGAGGACAUCAAGGUCACCGUCACCAUCCGGUCGUCGCGCGACACCUUCCGCGAGCAAAUGUGCGGCUCCAUUAUCGAAUGGCUGGGCGACAUUUCCGGCUGCAGUGUCGGCAACGACCACGACAUCCUGCGCCGCGUCGUCUGCGAGGAGCUCCUGCGGCCGUGGCGCAAGGGAAGCCCGGCCACCCACGCCAUUGUCGGCGCCAACGGCAUCGACGACGAAGAGCUGCUGACACAGGACCCCGAGUCCAACCCCGUGCUCGCCCACGAGAUCGAACUGCUCCGCAUGCGCCGCGCCGCUCAACAGGCUGUCCUCGAUGCCCUACAAGGCCGCGAUGGCCGCGGCGGCGGCGGUGGCGGCGACGACGACGACGACGACGAUUUUGACGACGAUAUGGACGGCUUCAUUGACGCCCUCGACGAGGACGACGACGAGGAGGAAGAGGACGACGACUACGACAACGGCGACCUGGUCAGCGACACCAUCAACAACGAAGCCCACCGGGCGGCGGUCGGUGCCGCUAUCAUGGGCAUCGUGACGGGCGAAAUCACCGUCGACGACGAGAACGACGACGACAUGAUGAUGAUUGAUGUGCAGCCCAACGAGCCGCCGGCGGCGACGGCGACGGCGACGGCGACGGCGACAGGCGCAGAGACGGGGCGCGACGAGGGCGCGCAGACCGAGCGCGUGGCCAACGAGGCCGGCGAAGGCCCAUCGGCCGCCGCAAACGACGAUGCUGCUCCUGUUAGAGGAACUGAGGAGGACAGCGACAUGAUCAUGGAAGGCAGCGCCUGGCAGCCGGCCGAAGACCAGCUGGACGAAGGCGAGGCUGCCAUGUCUGGCACGGCACACCCGCGUGCAUCAGUACCACCACCACCACCUCCUCCUCCCCCUCCCCCACCGCCAGCACACCCCUCACAUUCUCGGACAACAUCGUCACGAUCACGUCGGGGGUCCGCGCCGCACAAUGCCGACGCACCAGGCUCGGCAUCAUCAAGAAGCGGCGCAGCAGCAGGCGCAGCAGCAGCCUCGCGCCGCAGCCACCGUGACCGCGAUGUGACACCCUCCGACUCGGACACGGCCGAGCCGCUGAUUGCCCCGACUGCGUACUCCAAGUCCGGCCUCGACAUCCCAAAAACACCCGGCAACAUCCUGUCCGACCGGGCCGAGCCCCCGAACCCCGGCCGCUACUGGCUCGGCGUCCCGCCCGACUACAUGGAGGUCGAAGGCGUGCCCCCGGCGGAGGACCUGUUCCAGCGCGUGCGCCUCGACUGGCUGAUCUUGUUUGACCUGCGCAUGUGGAAGAAGGUCCGCAACGACCUGCGGUCGCUCUACAUCUCCACCGUCGUCACGAUCCCCGAGUUCAAGCGCGUCCUCGGCCUGCGCUUUGCCGGCCUCUACACCACCCUGGCCCAGCUGUAUCUGAUCGGCGACCGCGAGCCCGACCACUCCAUCAUCAACAUUUCGCUGCAGAUGCUGACGACGCCCUCCAUCACGACCGAGAUUGUCGAGCGCGGCAACUUCCUGACCAGCCUCAUGGCCAUUUUGUACACCUUCUUGACGACGCGGCAGGUCGGCCACCCCUGGGACGUGUCGUCGAGCGCCGUCCUCGCGUUUGACUCGGGCUCGGUCACCAACCGGCGGAUGUAUCACUUCUUCGUCGACCUCAAGUACCUCUUCAGCUCGCCCCAUGUCCAGAAGUGCCUGCGCACCGAGGACCGGUAUAUGAUGCAGUUCCUCGACCUCGUCAAGCUGCACCAGGGCAUCUGCCCCAACACGCGCGCCAUCGGCGAGCACGUUGAGUACGAGACCGGCACGUGGAUCAGUGCCUCGCUCAUCACGCGCGAAAUCAACCGCCUGUGCCGCCAGUUCUCCGACGCCUACCGCAACCUGGAGGGCCCCGACAUCGGCCACCUGGCCCGCGCCAUCCGCUACACGGCCAAGACGGUCAUUCUCAACUCCAUCGGCGCCGAGCGCCAGCGCUUCAGCCAGGCCGAGAACCGCGACGAGGUCCAGUUCCGCGUCCUGUCCGACUUUGAGUUUGACCGCCCCGCGGCCUUUUACGACGUCGUGCGCUUUGUCGUCGAGGAGCAGCCCAUCAGCUUCCACCACGCGCUGCACUACACCCUCUCCUGGCUCAUCGAGUGCGGCAAGUCGCUGUCGCUCGAGAGCCUGCGCCGCUACCUCAGCUUCACCACCCACGAGCUCAAGGUCCAGCCGCGCUCCAUGGGGCGCAAGAUGAUGCCGCGCCGCGCCAGCCUGGGCCCCGAGGACUACCUGAUGGCCGCCUUCGACUACCCGUUGCGCGUCUGCGCCUGGCUCGCCCAGAUGAAGGCCGGCAUGUGGGUGCGCAACGGCAUCAGCCUGCGCCACCAGGCCGGCACCUACCGCGGCGUCAGCCAGCGGGACGUCGCCCACCACCGCGACAUCUUCUUGCUGCAGACGGCCCUCGUCGUGUGCAACCCGAGCCGCGUGCUCGUGUCCAUCAUCGACCGCUUCGGCAUGGAGCGCUGGGUCAAGGGCAUCUUUGAGCAAAAGGCCGAGGCCCAGGACGACGCGCAGCACCUCGACGUCGUCGAGGACAUGAUCCACCUGCUCAUCGUGCUGGUGAGCGACCGCACGUCCCUCGUCGACGCGCACGACGACGCCGCCACGCAGCUGCUGGCCCUGCGCCGCGACAUCGUCCACGUCCUGUGUUUCAAGCCGCUGUCCUACACGGAUAUUUGCAACAAGCUGCCCGACCGCUUCCAGGAGCAGGAGAACUUCCAGGACGUGCUCGAGCAGAUGGCCACCUUCAAGUCGCCCGACGGCAACACGGACGUCGGCACCUUUGAGCUCGACGCGCAGUACAUUGAGGAGGUCGACCCCUACAGCGCGCACUACAACAAGAACCAGCGCGAGGAGUCCGAGACGGCCUACCGCAAGUGGAUGGCCAAGAAGAUGGGGCAGCCGGCCGAGUCCAUCGUCUACGAGCCCAAGCUGCAGGCCAUCACGACGGGCGCCUUUGCCGGCCUGGCCGACUUUACGCGCACCGGCGUCUUUGCGCAGCUCAUCUACUACUCGCUGCUCUACCCGCUCGUGGCCCAGAAGCUGACGCCCACCGUUCCCCUAACGCGCAUCGAGACGUUCUUGCAGGUCGUCCUGCACCUGGUGCUCAUUGCCAUUGCCGAGGACAAGACGUCUGGAGCCGGCGGCGCCGCCCAGGCCGGCCAGGGCGGCCAGGGCGACCCCGGCAGCGGCGAGGACGGCGCGUCCUUUAUCCGCUACGCCCUGAACCAGCAGGCCCGCAGCAACUUUUUGCCCGAGUCGCCCGAGGCCAAGACGAUCGUGGCGCUGCUCGACAAGAUGUCGACCAAGGACGAGUUCAAGGCGUGCCACCCCAAGAUCACGCUCAUCCUGAAGCGCAUGCGCCAGAAGCGCCCGGCCGACUUUGCGUCGGCGUACGCGCGCCUCGGCGUCUCCGUCGACCGCAUCAGCACCGCCUCGCCGGCGUACAAUAGCAGCGACGCCGACGAGGAGCGCGAGCGCAAGAAGCGCGCGGCCAUGGACCGCCAGGCACGCGUCAUGGCCCAGUUCCAGGAGCAGCAAAAGAGCUUCCUGGCCAACCAGGGCGACAUUGACUGGGGCAUCGUGGACGACGGCGACGAAGACGAGGACGAGGAGAUGAACGCGUCCGCUGCCACCGCGCCCGAGGCGCAGAAGAAGCUCUGGAAGUACCCGAGCGGCACAUGCAUCCUGUGCCAAGAGGAUACGGAUGACCGGCGUCUGUACGGAUCGUUUGCCUUUUUCACCGAGAGCCUCAUCCUGCGCCAAACGGACCUGCAGGACCCGGACUUUGUGCGCGAGGCCGCGUCGACACCCAAGAAUCUCGACCGGUCCGCCGAGAGCAUCCGGCCGUUUGGCGUGGCGCACGAGAACCGGCAGACGGUCGUCAAGGUGGGCGCGGACGGCGCGCCGUUUGAGUCGGAGCGGCAGGUGAUUGGAAAGGGCUUUCCGUCCAAGAACUGCCAGCCGGGCGUCCUGUCGGUCGGCUGCGGCCACAUCAUGCACCACCACUGCUUCGAGGCGUACUUUGAGGCGACCCUCCGUCGGCACAACCAGCAAAUCGCACGGCACCACCCCGAAGACACGGACCGCCUCGAGUUUGUCUGCCCGCUGUGCAAGGCGCUCGGCAAUGCGUUCCUGCCCAUUGUCUGGAAGGGCAAGGAAGAGUCGUACCCGGGCGCCCUCGUCGCCGCCACGCCCUUUGCGCCGUUCCUCGACCGCCAGAUGGCCGGCCCGGCGCACUACGUGCUGAGCGCCGCGCGGCCGCCCGACACGGUGCUGACCACCCAGCGGCAGUACAUUGGCGCGUCCAUGCUCACGAGCGUCUCCGACAAGGCGUCGCAGCUCGUCUACGAAGCCUGGGAGCGCCUCCCCCCAAGCCCGCACUACCCCCCGGGACCGGGCACGUCGCUGGGCUGGCCGCCGCUCCCAGCUGCGAUGGCCGGGGCCGCCGCCGCCGCCGCUGCUGCUGCUGCUGCUGCUGCUGGCGUGGCCGGGGUGGGCGGAGGUGCUGGUGGUGCGGGCGGUGCGGGCGGUGCGGGCGGUGCGCCAGGCGCCGCGUCCACGAGCAGUGGCGCGCGCGGCCAGGCGCAGCCCGAGCCCGCGAAUGUGGUGCGCGACCUUGUCUCGGCGUACCGGCGUCUCAAACGGACGCUGCGCACCAACGACCUGCCGAUGCUGCCGUUGCUGCCGAUGGCCGACAACGGACGCGGUCGUAACGAGAUCUACGGCAGCGACACGCUCGCACAGGCGGUGGGCUACUCGAUUUCGGCGGCGGAGAUCCAGCAGCGCGGGACGGACGCCGAGUACGGCAUGACGCUGCUGUCCAAGAUACCCGAGCAGUCGCUGACGCACCUGCGCAUCCUCUGCGAGACGGUGACGUCGUACAUUGCGAUUGGCGCGCAGCGGCACGGCGGCGACAACCGCAUCGAUCGCGAGUACCGGCGCGACGCCGAGCGGCAGCACGUGCAGCUGUUUGUGGCCAUGUACUUUGACCAGGAAACCGAAACGACGGCGGCGCCGACGCACCAGUACGGCCCGCUGCUGGGGCGCGACCCGUUUAUUUUCCUCUGCGAGAGCGCGUUCGGCAUGGUGCCGGCGCUCGACUUGGAGCUGGCCCACGUGCUGCGUCUGUGCUACCUGGCGGAGCUGGUCAAGGUGGUGUACCACAUGGGGCGCAACAUUCCGGUGUCGGCGUGGAUCAGCGAGCUCAUGAACCGCACGAGCGCUGUCGGCGGCGGCGGCGGCGGUGGCAACAGCGACCCGGCCCGCGAGACGUUUGCGCAGUUCUGCAUCAGCAUCGCGCACAUGGACCUGGGCGCGCGCACGACGCACCGGCGGCCGAGCGCGGUGCUGGACGCCUCGCUGCUGGCGACGGACGCGCUGGGGGCGAACCGCGGGUUCGACCAGGAGGGCGUCAACACGCUGGAGGGCUACUACCAGUUUGUCCGGCGGUAUGCGCUCGUGUUUCUGCGCAAGUCGGUGGUGCUCCUGUACGCGCACGCGGGCGUCGACUUCAACACGCACGUGUCGCCGGCGCCCGAGCUGUCGGAGCUCGAGCGGCUCAGCGAGGCGCUGAAGCUGCCGUCGUUUGACGACAUGUGCGCGGCGCUGGUGACCGACCGCGCAGCGGCGGCCGGGUGGCCGGCCUCGACGCCGCAGCUUGUGAAUGGCUGGGUGCACCACUACUACACACACACAUGGGGCAAGAAGACGGCCCGUGCGGCGGCCAACACGUCGGUGCACACGACGGACGCGGACAUUGCCAGCGCGACGGCCAACAUUACGGCCGGUGACGCUGGCAGCGGCAGCGGCAGCGGCAGUGGCAGCGGCAGCGAACUGGCGGGCCAUGCCAGCUGGACGGCGACACCGACCGUGUCGACGGACAUGCCGACGACGUGGACAGGACCGGAUACGGAGGUGGGGUCCUCGGCGGCGCCCUCGUCGACACCGUCGACACCGUCGACGCCGUCGUCGGCGCUCCUCAGCCACCCGGGCAUCUACGAGCUGGUGGGCCUGCCGCACAACUUUGAGCAGCUGCUGGACGAGUGCACGCGGGCGCGGUGCCCGACGACGGGCAAGGACGUGUCGGACCCGAUGAUCUGCCUGCUGUGCGGCGAGGUGUUUUGCGGGCAGGCUAUCUGCUGCCUCCGCGAAGAGCGGAUCGGGCGGACGCAUGCGCGGCGGCGGAUCGGGGGCGCGCAGCAGCACAUGCGGCGGUGCCAGCGCAACAUGGGCCUGUUUCUCAACAUCCGCAAGUGCUGCAUCUACUACCUGCACCGCAUGUCUGGUUCGUACGGGUACGCGCCGUACAUUGACAAGUACGGCGAGGUGGACCUGGGCUUCCGCCACGGACGGCCGCUGCAGCUGAACCAGCGGCGCUACGAUGCGAUGCUGCGGGCCGUGUGGCUGAGCCACGGCGUGCCGAGCUUCAUCAGCCGGAAGCUGGAGAUGGACAUUAACAAUGGCGGAUGGGAGACGAUAUGA